UUCCAGCUCCCCAGUCAAAAAGCGGGUCCGAAGGCCAUGGAUGCCUUCCUAGCGCCAUCAGUGCCAUCAGUGCCGUCAGUGCCGUCAGUGCCAAGUCUGGGACCUUCUCAAGGCGCGCGCGCUCAAAGUUCCCGGUUCCGAAGUGACAGGCUCGGCGCGGCCGUGGUGGCCACAGCCUCGGCCGUGCGCAGAUCGAGAAGGGCCAUUCGGCGAGCGCGCGUGACGGACUACUAUGAGAUCCUGGGAGUUAGCCGAAAUGCCAACGAGCGAGAGAUCAAGGCAAACUUUCGCAAGCUGGCUCGGCAGUAUCACCCUGACGUCAAUCAGGAGCCUGGGGCUCCAGAGAAGUUCCAGGAAAUCGCCAAAGCCUACGAAGUCUUAUCGGAUGAGACGAAGAGACUCAAGUACAACCAAUUUGGCGAGGGCGCAGUGCCCGUGGCAGGGCCAGAUUUGUCCAGCAUGGAUUUGAAGGACAUUCUAGGGGACGUGUUCAGUUCCUUCUUCAAUGGAAAUCCUCGCUCCAGACCUGGAGGUGGGAGGCGACCCCCCUCUGCGAAGGCCAAGAAAGGCUCAGACUUGCAAUGCAAGGUGCAAGUUCCCUUUGAGGUCGCCUGCUUUGGAGGCUCUCAGUUGGUACAGCUUCGGCGUGAGGAGACUUGUGGAGUCUGUGGUGGGUGCGGGGUGGAGGCAACUAGCGCUCUUCAACACUGUCCGAAAUGCAAGGGCACCGGUGUGACCGUGCAGGUCAUGCAGACCCCACUCGGGGUCAUGAAGACUCAGCUGGUUUGUCCAAAAUGCCAAGGUUCUGGUUUGGACCCUUCCGCCACUUGUCGCAGCUGUACUGGGAAAGGCACCCAGACACAGGCUAAAGAGCUGUCAAUAAAAAUCCCCGCUGGCAGCAAUGCUGGCAGUCAGCUGCGUUUGCGUGGGGAGGGAGACAGAGGAGUUCGAGGAGGGCCACCUGGGGAUCUUUACGUCAAGCUGCGGAUUUGCCCUUCCAGCCAGUUUGUGCGAGAUGGCAUUGACGUGUACAAUGAGACAGUCAUCAGCGUCUUCGAUGCCAUGCUUGGCACCUCGGUGGUGGUGAGCACGGUGGACGGCGAUGCUCGCGUGGAUGUGCCGGCUGGCACCCAGCCAGGCACUACCAUGAGACUGCGCGGGAGGGGUGUGCCCAAACAGGGCGCAGACGGAGGGCGAGGAGACCACUACGUUACUUUGAAGGUGGAGGUGCCGCUUCAUCUUGACGACAAGCAGCGCAAACACGUUCUGCACUUGAAAGAUGUUCUUCUUGAGAGCAGCACGGUCGCGAAGCAAAGUGAGUGAAGUGAGGCUCAUAGCUGCGCAGCUGAAGCCGCACAAUCCUUUCAUUUGAAAGCGUAUGGCGACAACUCUGAAUUGCAAUUGCGCAGAGUUCGGAAUGCAA